CAGCAACAGUGAACGGUCUCGGUAAACGUGCGCCUUAUUGUUCUCGUUUGCCGUUGCACUCGUCAAGUUAAUUAUUUAAUUUAAUUCAACGCAAAACGUGUGUACGUAAAACAGGAAAGCCAAUACAACAAUAAAAAAAAAGAAAGACUGUGUAAAGCGCAUGCACAAACGUUUCAUCUAGUGCGUCAUUAUUGCUCGAGAUAAAAAAAAAACGCAUACAGUUUUGACUUUAAACUAUGGCCAGUGAGCAGCCACCAAUGGAUGGAGCAGCUGGAGCUGCAGCUGUCAGUGGAGAUGAACCGUUCUUAGGUUUGCUCGAUAUAGCGCUGCUGGCGGUGCUUAUAGGCGGUGCAGCUUUCUACUUUCUACGCAGCCGCAAGAAGGAGGAGGAACCAGUGCGCAGCUAUUCCAUACAACCCACAACAGUCUGCACCACAGCAGCAACGGAUAAUUCGUUUAUCAAGAAGCUCAAGGCCUCGGGUCGCAGCCUGGUUGUCUUCUAUGGCUCUCAGACUGGCACGGGCGAGGAGUUCGCUGGUCGUUUGGCCAAGGAGGGCAUACGUUAUCGUCUUAAGGGCAUGGUAGCCGAUCCCGAGGAAUGCGAUAUGGAAGAACUCUUGCAGUUAAAGGACAUUGAAAAUUCACUGGCUGUCUUUUGCCUGGCCACCUAUGGUGAGGGUGAUCCCACAGACAAUGCUAUGGAAUUUUACGAAUGGAUUACCAAUGGCGAUGUAGAUUUAACGGGUCUUAAUUAUGCGGUCUUUGGCCUGGGCAACAAAACGUACGAGCACUACAACAAGGUGGCCAUCUAUGUGGACAAGCGUCUGGAGGAACUGGGUGCUAAUCGCGUAUUCGAGCUGGGUCUGGGUGAUGAUGAUGCCAACAUUGAGGAUGACUUUAUUACAUGGAAGGACCGCUUCUGGCCAGCUGUCUGUGAUCACUUUGGCAUUGAGGGCGGCGGCGAGGAAGUGCUCAUACGUCAAUAUCGUCUGCUGGAGCAGCCUGAUGUGCAACCAGAUCGAAUUUACACGGGAGAAAUUGCACGUCUGCAUUCCAUGCAAAAUCAGCGACCACCGUUUGAUGCCAAGAAUCCGUUCUUGGCGCCCAUACGUGUCAAUCGUGAGCUGCACAAGGGCGGCGGUCGUUCCUGCAUGCACAUUGAGUUGAAUAUUGAAGGCUCCAAGAUGCGCUAUGAUGCUGGUGACCAUGUGGCCAUGUAUCCCAUUAACGACAAGACGCUAGUCGAGAAACUCGGACAAUUAUGCAAUGCUGAGCUGGAUACGGUGUUCUCGCUGAUUAACACCGAUACGGAUAGCAGCAAGAAGCAUCCGUUCCCAUGCCCCACAACCUAUCGCACUGCUUUGACGCAUUAUCUGGAGAUUACGGCUAUACCACGCACGCAUAUACUCAAGGAGCUGGCGGAAUACUGCACAGAUGAGAAGGACAAGGAGUUGCUGCGCAGCAUGGCCUCGCUGACGCCUGAGGGCAAGGAGAAGUACCAGAGCUGGAUUCAGGAUGCUUGCCGCAAUGUUGUGCACAUAUUAGAGGACAUCAAGUCAUGCAGGCCGCCGCUGGAUCAUGUUUGUGAGUUGCUGCCGCGUUUGCAGCCACGUUACUAUUCCAUCUCAUCGUCGGCCAAGCUGCAUCCCACUGAUGUGCAUGUGACCGCUGUGCUGGUGGAGUACAAGACGCCCACGGGACGUGUCAACAAGGGCGUUGCCACCACAUAUCUCAAGCACAAACAGCCGCAGCAGGGCGCCGAGGAGGUCAAAGUGCCUGUGUUUAUACGCAAAUCGCAAUUCCGACUGCCUACAAAACCAGAGACGCCCAUUAUUAUGGUCGGCCCAGGCACUGGUCUGGCGCCUUUCCGUGGCUUCAUACAGGAGCGUCAGCAUUUGCGCGAUGAGGGCAAAACUGUGGGCGAGUCUGUGCUCUACUUUGGCUGCCGCAAACGCAGCGAGGACUAUAUCUACGAGUCCGAGCUGGAGGAAUGGGCCAAGAAGGGCACGCUUACGCUUAAGACCGCCUUCUCCCGUGACCAGGAGAAGAAGAUUUAUGUGCAGCACAUGCUGGAGCAGGAUGCAGAUCUUAUUUGGAAUAUCAUUGGCGAAAACAAGGGACACUUUUACAUUUGCGGUGAUGCCAAGAACAUGGCAGUAGAUGUUAGAAAUAUUCUAACCAAAAUACUGUCCACCAAGGGCAACAUGAGCGAAGCAGAUGCCGUGCAGUAUCUGAAGAAAAUGGAGGCCCAAAAGCGUUACUCUGCCGAUGUCUGGAGCUAAUCAUUCCACUCUCAUAAACACACUCACACACUCUCUGCCUUUGCAUGAGUCAAGUCACGGCAUAAAAAAAGCAAAUAGCACAGCAAUGAGAAGAAACUAGAAGCCACACAACUAUCUAAGCGUAAAGUCGUUUUAGUUAAUUAAGCUAUAUAAAUUAAUGAUAUAAACAAACGGUUUGGGAACUUCAGCUGCGGUUCAACAAACAGCUUAUAAGUAUAACUAAUUCUAGCGUUAAUUGUUUGAUUAUAUAUAUAAAUUAUAUAUUGAUUGAUGUUGCCUUUUGUUGAGCGAGAACAAUUUAACUAUAAUUUUUGUAACUAAGUAGUUUUGUAUGUACUAUGAAAUUUUAAUUGAAAUGUUUUUACGCUGCAUUUGUCACGUGUGUAUUUUGUCUUUGGUGAUUUAAGAAUUUGUGCAAUUUUUU